AUUUUUAAAAAUUUCCUAAGCAAUCAUUGUUGAAUAUUUUUGUUUAAAAAAAAAAAAAUCUAAAUUGCUGUUUUUUAUAUCUUAAAUAAGGUGUAACAAUUAAGGUAACAAAGUGGAGUAAUCGAUUGGAGUAAUUUUGAAGGUUAAUUAUUAUGGCUCAAGGCCAAAUUAGCUCAGGGGUCAUUUAAUUAAAUUAAUCAUUGUCUCCCUCGUAUUAUAGUUUAUAAAUAAUAUUUAUAGAAACAUCUCGAUUUUGUUUUUUGACACAGUGAUUAGAUCUAUAGACACUUAUUGUUAAAAAAAAAAAAAAAAAUUGCGCAAGCGCUUCACAUUGACAUUUCAAAGGUUAGAUAAUAAAAGUGCAAACUUCAAAAACACACACAUAUUUUGCAAUGCCAGACAAUCGAGUUUAACCAAAUAAUCAUUGACAAUGGGUGUACCAGCUGGAGAUGUUGAAAAAGGAAAGAAGAUUUUCGUACAAAGAUGCGCACAAUGCCAUACAAUUGAAGCUGGUGGUAAACACAAGGUUGGUCCAAAUCUUAGUGGUUUGAUUGGAAGAAAAACAGGUCAAGCACCUGGAUUCAGUUACUCUGAUGGCAACAAAGCUAAAGGUAUCACAUGGAGCGGAGACACACUCUUUGAGUACUUGGAAAAUCCAAAAAAAUACAUUCCAGGAACAAAGAUGGUGUUUGCUGGUUUGAAAAAACCACAAGAACGUGCUGAUCUUAUUGCUUACAUUAUUUCAGCCAGCAAGUAAAUUAUAAAUCUUAAUCAGAGUACACAGUCAUCAAGUACAUCAAUGACUAAAAAAAAAAAAUAAAUCUUGGAUUUUUUUUUCUUUUUUUUUUUUAAUUUCUUUCUUCAUAUUUAUAAAAUAGUACAAUUAUCAUUGUAAAUUUGAAGAGAAAAAUUGAAAAUUCAAAUAAACCAAGAUCGUUCUACAAAUAUCAUGAAAAUAAAUUUAAAAGAAAAAAGAUCUCGUAAUCAUGAGCAAUUGCUUAUUGAAAAAAAAAGAAGAAAAAAAAAAAAAUAGUAAAAAUUGUUAUUAAAAAAUAAGUAGGAAAAAUAAA